AAAUUUUAAUUCACAAUAUGACGCAAUUAUAUCAACUUAAGUUUUAUGGUUGAGGCAGCCGUCGGAGGAAAACUUCACGACGUUUGUAAAACACUUUAAUGGUUCACUGAGAAAAUUAAACAGCACGAACGCAGGAAAAAGAAGUACAGAAGAGAAAUCAAAGUUUUCUGUUCAGUAACAGCGGUUUUAUGGAGCGUGAAUGUCCUAUUUCUGAUUUUGAUCAUUUGUGUCUUUUCGAGCGGAAAUCUUCCGGAACAGAAAAUGUCGAGGUUCCUCAGGAUUUGGUUAUAAGCAGGUGUUAACGGUGUUUGAUGUCUUGUUACAUUUCAGCUCUACUUCUCUUUCCCCGACUAACAUAUGUAUGAGUGGGGCGUGUGAUUGUAUCCCACAGGAUUCCCGGACAAAACACCGGUUCAGAGUCCAUACCUACAGUAGCCCUACAUUUUGCGACCACUGCGGGUCUCUGCUGUACGGAGUCAUCCACCAGGGCAUGCAAUGCGAAGCCUGUGACAUGAACGUGCACAAGAGAUGUGUCGAGACGGUGCCCAACCUGUGCGGCUGUGACCACACAGAGCGUCGGGGUCGCAUUGAACUCAAGAUUAUCUGCGCUGGCAGCAAACUCACAGUCGAAGUCCGGCAAGGCAGGAAUAUGAUUCCAAUGGAUCCGAACGGAUCUUCAGAUCCGUAUGUGAAACUGAAGCUGAUCCCCGAUUCGGACAACGUGAAGAAGAAAACGAAGACCAUCCGGUCGUCGCUGAACCCCGUCUGGAAUGAGACCCUCACGUUUGAAUUAAAACCAGAAGAUAAGGAUCGACGAUUGUUGAUUGAAGUGUGGGAUUGGGACCGCACAUCUCGCAAUGAUUUUAUGGGUUCGCUGUCAUUUGGCAUCUCGGAGCUGAUCAAGGCCCCCGUUGAAGGUUGGUACAAGCUGCUAACGCAAGAAGAAGGAGAAUUCUACAAUGUGCCUGUGCCAGAGGAAGGUGCUGAACUAGCGUCACUCAGGAACCAGAUGAGGAAGACCUCAAUUACAAAAAGGGCCCCACUUGUGUCAGACAAGGAUGUACCACACAACAUGGGCAAGAAAGAUGUCAUUCGUGCAUCUGAUUUCAACUUCCUCAUGGUGCUUGGCAAGGGCAGCUUUGGAAAGGUGAUGCUUGCUGAGAGAAAAGGAACAGAUGAACUGUAUGCCAUCAAGAUUCUCAAGAAGGAUAUAAUCAUACAGGAUGAUGAUGUUGAGUGCACUAUGGUGGAGAAGCGAGUGCUUGCCCUUUCUAGUAAACCACCAUUUCUUGUGCAGCUUCAUUCAUGUUUCCAGACCAUGGACCGACUCUACUUUGUGAUGGAGUAUGUAAAUGGUGGAGACCUCAUGUUCCAGAUCCAACAGUGUGGUAAAUUCAAGGAACCUGUAGCAGUGUUCUACUCUGCUGAGAUUGCAAUUGGACUGUUCUACCUUCAUGCUCGAGGGAUUGUUUACCGAGACCUGAAAUUAGAUAAUGUAUUAUUGGAUCAAGAUGGACAUAUUAAAAUAGCAGACUUUGGGAUGUGUAAGGAAGGCAUCAAUGGUGAUAAGACAACUAAGACAUUCUGUGGGACACCAGAUUACAUUGCUCCUGAGAUAAUUCUGUACCAGCCAUAUGGCAAAUCUGUUGACUGGUGGGCAUAUGGAGUACUGCUGUAUGAAAUGCUGGUGGGUCAGCCACCGUUUGACGGUGAAGAUGAAGAAGAGCUGUUUGCAGCAAUAACAGAUCAUAAUGUUUCAUACCCAAAGAGCCUGUCCAAGGAAGCUAAGGAGUCUUGCAAAGGAUUCCUAACAAAGAAUCCAACCAAACGACUAGGAUGUGGUCCCCGAGGUGAAGAGGAUGUUCGAGGCCACGCUUUUUUCCGGCGGAUCGACUGGGAGAAAAUAGAGAAUAGAGAGGUUCAGCCACCAUUCAAGCCCAAAAUUAAACAUCGCAAGGAUGUGAGCAACUUUGACAAACAGUUCACAUCUGAGAAGACAGAUCUUACUCCCACAGAUAAAUUGUUCAUGAUGAACCUGGACCAGACAGAGUUCAUGGGUUUCUCCUUCCUCAAUCCAGAGUUUGUUCAGCAUGUGUAGCUGUCUUCUGGUGUGAUGCAGAGAAGAGACAGCUGGCAUUGUUAUCAGUGGUGAUUCAAGUAUGGGAGCCUCCCAUGGUUUGCUGCUAAAGAGUUGCUGUGUCUACUGCUGGAAGACAGGACUGUGAUUGUUAAGGUGAUGGACUUGUAUCAUGUGUACUUUUCUCUGAGACUGCUGCUUCUGUGCUUGCAGUAUGUGGGCAACUACUAUUUCAGUGAGGCGUAAUCGAUUGUGUAGCCAAUUAAGUGCCCUCAUUUUCCUCUCUCUCCGUAAGAACUUCACAUCUUAAAAUUUAUCUCUAUUUUCUUGUUAUUUUUAAAACUUUGUGCCUCCCAGAAGAUAUGAGAAAUCUGUUUAUAAAAAAAGUUCAUCUUCUCAUUACCAUUAAUUCUAUCAUGUCAUUACUCUGGUUAGUAACUCUGAGAAGGAGAAUUCAUUUGCUGUGAUUUAUACAUAUUCUGUUCAUGUUGUAAUGUACCAGUGCUGCAUACCAGUAGAUCAUAUAUAGUAUGUGAUUAUAUGGAGAGGAUUUGAUUUUACAGAGCAGAAGGAGAGUUGCAUAUGGUAUGUAAACUGCUCUUGAAGUCUUUAUGUGUGAAUAAGAGUAGCAGUAUCCUGUAGAUUUUUCUGUUGUGCCCAGCUGCUUAGCAGUGAACUCGUAGACUAGUUGAGAUGAUAUUUCACUGUCCUCUAGCUAAACCAGUAUUAUCGCUCGAUGUCAUCAGUAUCAUCUUUUAUCUUUAUGAUUGGGAUAUAUGAUAUCUUAGCUUCUUUUUGUUCCAAAGUGUAUUUUCUCAUAUAAUAUAUAACAGUUUCUUCUCUUGUUCAGAAUGAGGACAUAUAUUUAAUCAUAUCUUCAUUAGUAAUAAAUUAUGUAUUCUCUUAGAUUGAUAUUUACUUCUCAAUGUAGGUUUUAUCCUCCUACCCACACAUCAGAAUUUUGUGUAGAUGUGCCAAAAUAUUAAAUCAGAUGCUACUGAAAGCAGUGCAUAGUGGUCCAUAUGAACUUGAUGUACUUUGACAGUAGCAGUGUUUGAAUGAAACAGGAUACUAAAAUAUUCCAUGUAUUUUGUAUGUUUGAAGUCUUCACCAUUUUAAGUUCCUUAAAGUAGACUCAUCACUAAUGCAGAUGGUUCAUCAGAAGUUACAUUUAAUAUUGGUAUUUAAAUUGUUGUAUGCAUUUUGGAAUGUUACUUUUUGAAAUGAAAUUAUUUAAUUAACCUCUGUUUGCCAUAUGACAUGGAUUUUUGUUGGUCCAGCUGGCUGUGUGUAUACUAGCUUACUGUUAAACUGUUACCCUCAGAUUUAAUAUCUGGUUGGAUGUGGAGUUUAAAUUUCCAAUUCCCAUACAGUAAGGGUUAACUGUAAUAUCUUUAUUAUAAUGUUGCAAUAUUUUAGGUUUAUGGAACUCAUUUGAGAAUUUUAUCGUGAACAUUUCUCACACAUGAGGUGGGUUCAGAAAUAUGAGGAUCCUGUCAUUACAUAGUGUGCAUUACAUUAAGUAAAAAUAUGCAUGUUUAAAGAGCUACAUGUUUUGUUGGUUUUUGAUAUUGACACUUGCAAGACACUGCAUGCAUUUAUGUUAUUUUAUAUCAUGUGAUAGCAUUCCACUUUAUCAUUCACUAAGAUUUUGCAUUUUGUCAUACUUUCCUUUUGAAAUAUAUAAGUUAAAUGAUUAUCUCUACACUUACCACUCCCAAAAUUUAUUUUGUAUGUCUGUCUGCUGUCAAGUAAAUGAAAUAUGGCAUGUAUUAACUUGCAAUAAAGAAAAGGUUGCUAUACCUAAUGAAUUACAUACGUAUGUAUAUGCAUGCAUGUACACACAUAUACACAUGUGUACAUAUGUACAUACAUUUUAAGUGGAGAAUAACUUUUUGGAGAAAUAUAAGGUGAUUGAAACAUCAUUCACAUCUGAGUGCAAACUAAUUUAUAAUAAAAGUAAACCUAUGAACUCCACACAGUAUGAGGUGAAAACAGCUGAAAUGUUGGCCUAUAUAAUAGGCAAAUGAGUGCUUGUUAUUAGAACUUAUGUGACAUAAUGGAAGCAUAAGUUGGGAUUGUAGGGAGCAUGAAAUGGUGCCAUGGCUUUUGAAAUUACUCGCAUCAGGAAGAAUUCUAGAAAAUUGUUCAAUGGACUCAUGUGCUGCUCUCUUUAAUAACAGUUGAUAUGAGAUUCAUGAUAAAUAGUAUCAUUAGUAGUAUUUAGAAAACUUGUACUAGAGACAUAUUACACAUAGAAAUCACACAAAUGUUUAAAUGACAAUGCUUUGUGGAUGUGGAAUUUUUUGUUAUUUACUAAAUACUAUUUGUUAUAUACAUAGUAGAAUGUUAUUAAUUAAUAAGGUGUUGAGGUUAUAUCUAGGAUCUCUUUGUGUAUGCAGUAUUUCAGUAUCAUCAUCUUUUGUAUAAAUACUUCCUAUAUAUAUAUAUAUAUAUAUAUAUAAUAUGAUAUUGACUUUGAAAAUGGCCUAAAAUAUCUGUAAAUAGUUUGUAUCUAUGAUAGUUAAAAUAUUUUCACUCUUGUCUCCACUGUCCAACCUUGUCUCAAGGCUCUUUUGUGUGGCAUUCUAAUUUUGAUGUACAAUUUUUGUAGUUGGACUGCCCAUUGCAGAACUGGAGUGAAUCAAGCUAUUGUUCAAACAUAAAUAAUUGCCAAAGGAGUGACUUUCCCACAUCUAGGCACAAACUCCUUCACAGAAUGGAAUACUUUCAUUUGCAGUUUGAGAUUAAAAUUGUGUUAUGUACAUGCCUCCAUAAUAUCGUAUUAGCUGAUGCUAUUAAUAACAUGAUAGAAAAGUGUAUCCUUAAUUUUAUUCGCUAGCUUAGCUCCUACAUUAGUGAACAAAAACAAAUUUUGUCAUGCAGACAUUACUGAGAUCUUCUGUGUUUAACAGACAUUACUUAAAAUUGGAAUAUGUGGUUCUGUACUUCAGCAGAUUAUAGACUGCUGCCAUACUUUAUUAGGUUAAAGCAUGAACAUCACAAAUCCUAACACAACUUUGCUUAAAAACAGUUGAUAACAAAACUGUAAAAGUAAACAAUUUCUUAACCCAAACCCAGGACAGCAUUAUAAUGAUACAGUUUCUAGUAAAUUUUUGAAACUAUCACGAAAUUCAGGCUGUUAUCGAUUCCUUAAAAAACUGAAGAUUAAAGCUUUUGAAACUGCCAUGUGUCACAUAGUUUUAUUUGGUAGCUAAACUUGGUCUUCACAAGAAUAAAAUUGAAGACACAUAAAACAAUGUUGUGAGGAAAAUGGUGGUCAGAAGAGAGAUGAACUACAUGCUUAUGCUUCGUACACUACUCACUAAUUUCUAGGCUGGCUGAAUCAAGAAGAUGGGCAUGAAGUGGGCAUUUUGUCAUGCACACAUUCUAGAAAUGCAUAGAUAGAAGAUAUUACUGAAGUAGACCUUAAGAAAAUAAGUUAUUAUGAUGUAAACUGAUUUGAACUUUUGUAGACUGGAUUCUGUAGUGGGAUGUGUGAUUAUGGUUAUGAACCUUCAGGUUGCAUACUAACAGGGAAUUCCUCAGUAGUAGGACAAUCUAAUGACCACUUCCCAUUACAAACUCUUGCCAGUAAGGAAACAGUUUUUGCAGUAUUUGUUUCUUUCUGUCAUUCAAAACUGGAGCAUAUUGUAGAGAUUUUUAAGCAGUAAACAGGCCUAUCUGGACAGCUGUUAGCCCACUACAUAAUCCUCUUGAGCUUUGCCCAGCUUUGUGCAUGUGAACAGAACACUGCUUCAGCAAACAUGUUUUGUUAGUUUUAAUUUUAACCCCUAAUAUUAAAAACUUUAUCAUUAUAAUGUAAUAAUGACAAGUUUUCUUUGAAGGUUUAUAUGAAUUGAUUGUCAGGACAGCUUGAUUUAGGGCACUCUGAUGACUUGGACAUGUUGAUAGGUUGAAGAAGAUAAGGUUUGUGCACAGAAAUUUUUUGUUUGGGAAAUCUCUUGGAAGACAGAGAUGGGGAUGAGAUUGGCAGGUCUUGGUAUUAGCAGUGUUGAUAAUUUUUGUUCUGCUACCAGAGAUAGGUCCAUGUGAUUAAACAUCCACUUGUGUAAAAAAAUUAGUAAGGUAACAGUUGUUUACCUUGGCAAGUAAAUCUUAUGAAUUGUGCAUUACUUUGAUCUGAAAUGUCUUUUAUGAGAAGUGCACUGUGCCAUCUUAUCACAUAGAUACAUGUAGACCAGGUGAUAGAUGGUCUUGAGCUCAUUCUGUUACCAUUUCCAACUGCUUAACCCAUUUCUUAGUUUCAUAAAUAAUUCUGAGACUUCUGGAAUGUUCACAGUACCAGAGAUUGUUGUAAGUGCUGAAAACUCAUUUAAAAGUGCUAAAAGAGCAUUUUACACCAUAAUGUGUCUUGGGGAUAGUUUUGAUUUAGUUGUAAUAAAUGUAAAUUUCAUGGCCAUUUCAGAUAAUUCACUUCUUUUGUUUGUCAUUAUGUAUGUUUGAAGUUUCAAGACUGAGUCUGCAUAAGCUUCAUUAUCAUGCUGAUUUAAAGCAUGUUUCACUUUGAACAUUUCUGUGUGCUGUAACACAGAAUCUUAUUUUUAAUUAAGUUAUCUAAUGGUCCCAGUAAAUUAACCUUUAUUGACUGUAUUUUGGAAUAUAUAUACAGUCCAGCUCUGCAGUAGGGAGGUUAAAAUUCCAUACUUUUGUAUAAUAAAGUUAAAAGAGGAUGAAACUUGCCCAGUUUUUGAAUUUGAAUCCAAAUAUGUUUGGAUUUAUUGAUUUAGUGCUGCAGUGACCAGAUCCCCAGCAAGGCAUGCCAAUAUAAACAGUACAAAAGUAAACCUGGUGAAAUUGAGGAUGUAGCAGCAGGUGAAGGCAGUGAUCAGAUAACCAUUGAAGAUAUUAAGAGACCAGUCAGGUGGUGAAGAUGUGCAAAACAGAUUUAGGAGACGAUGGACAGAGAUGCAAGAAGAAAGGAUAUAAAAGUAUGGAGAUGGCUUUGUCAUGAGGUGAUCUUGUGGAGAAUGUUGAUUAUAUAACGAUUUCAUACCAAAUUCUCGCAGUAAAGUGAAUGUAGUGCAUGAACUGAAAUUAGUCAUACUCCACAAGCUUUAUUUAUAGUUUCUGUAUUUUACUUUCAGAAUGAUCACCCACUGAUAUAAGGUCUUUGUAGUUCGUAUUCUGUUAAUUCGAAGUGUUUUCACUAUGGCAUAGUACAAUCGGUUUUAUUGUGUCUUCAUCUAUUUUGUGAAACUAAUGUCCAGUUUUCUUCUGUCCUUCAUGGAUUGCACUCAAAGAUUGAUAUUUUAAAAGACCUCCCUAUGUGUCUGCCUUUGUUUUAAACAAAAGGGUAAAUUCUUUAAGUCUUAUUCCUUGUUCUGUUAAGGUCGGUAUUCUGUGUUUAUCUAUGUUACAAUUUACUAAAUUAAUAUUUCACUUCUUCCAUAGGCCUGAUCUUCAAUUUUAUGAACAUUUUUUUGUUCUGCGUAGCCUGAGUUUCAUGUUCAUAUAUAAGCAUGGGAAAUGCUGUCCCUAUACAAAAUUCAUCGUGGCCUCUUUCUUACCUUGUCUUGAUGUUCAUUGACUGUUUAUUAUCUCACAUAUUCCGUGAUACUGGUGUAUCCUAUGAAAAUUACAUAUAUCUGUUGGUGCAAGAUGUGGGUCCGUUCUUGAUCAUCUGCAACACAAUAGUUUGCCUCAUGAUGCAGCCCUGUAAUUAUGAAAGUACAGAAAAUUUAGUUGUGCAUCAUAUAUCAUUACAUGAUCACUUAAUAGCAUAUAAAUAUAACUUGACAUGAAAGUUAUACACCUACAGUUAAUUAAAAAUGCAUUGUAUAAGAACAUACAUUGAAUACUAAACAUUAAUUUUUAAGAACUAAUAAUAAGAGGAUGUACUUGAUAGUGAGUGUAAUGAUGUUAACAUGUUUUCAGUGACUGAAUUGUA